AUGGAGGCCGAAUUUGGAGGCAAGGCUCAUAGUUACUAUGGUAUGAAGGCAGUUGGAAAAAAGAGUUUCGAAUGGGAUUUGAAUGAUUGGAAAUGGGACGGUGAUCUUUUUACUGCUAGUCCCUUGAAUUCUGUACCAUCUGCUUGUAGGAGUAAGCAGUUGUUUCCGGUUAGGCCAGAAACUCCCUCCAAUGCUGGUUUGUCCAACAGUUCUUCUUCUGGAUCAGACAAUAUCAGUCCGGGGAAUGAGAAAGGUAAAAGAGAACUGGAGAAACGGAGAAGGGCUGUUUUUGUGGAAAACGGAGUUCAUGAUGAAGCUGGGUCUCUUAAUCUUAAUCUUGGUGGGCAAGCUUACCCCAUUAUGGAAGGAGAGGUACAGGCUGGGAAGAAGACAAAGAUAGUUGGGACUACUUCAAAUCGUGCAGUUUGUCAGGUGGAGGACUGUACGGCUGAUCUUAGCAAUGCCAAGGAUUACCACCGACGGCAUAAGGUCUGUGAUAUGCAUUCUAAAGCAAGUACAGCUUUGGUGGGAAAUGCUAUGCAGCGGUUCUGUCAACAGUGUAGCAGGUUUCAUGUUCUUCAAGAGUUUGAUGAAGGGAAGAGAAGUUGUCGCAGGCGUUUGGCUGGCCAUAAUAGGAGGAGAAGAAAAACACAUCCUGAUACUACAGCUAAUGGAGGUUCAUUGAAUGAUGAAAGAGGAAGCAGUUAUCUAUUGAUUAGCUUGCUGAGAAUACUCUCCAAUAUGCACUCUAGCGGUUCUGAUCAAACAAAAGAUCAGGAUCUGCUAUCUCAUCUACUGAGGAGCCUAGCCAAUCUUGCUGGUACGGCAGAUGGAAGAAACAUAUCUACAUUGCUGCAGGGAUCUCAAGGUUUAUUUAACAGUGGGACAUCUUUACAGACCGCAAAGGUGCCAGAUAUGGAUGAUGGUGUUAAUCUUGAGGAUUUAAGGCCUGUAGGACAGUGUUCAGUAGUACCUGCAUCAGAUAUGUUAGAGAGGAGAAUAUCUUCAGUUGAUGAUCCUGGAAGUCUGCAAGUUCUUUCAGGUCUACAGGCCACUGAGCCACUACCCUCAAGAGACAGUUCUGAAUCAAAAUCAGUUACACCGGAAGCUACAAGUAGAAGGUUCCAGUUAAAUGGCAUUGAUUUAAAUAAUACAUAUGAUGAUUCACAGGACUAUUUAGGGAACCUAGGGAAUUCUCAUGUUCCUGCAAGUCCAGGGACUGCAUCUCUUGGUUUUUCUUCAUGGAUGCAGCGCGAUUCCCACAAGUCAAGCCCACCUCAGACAAGUGGGAAUUCAGACUUAACUUCUACUCAGUCACCAUCAAGUUCCAGUGGAGAGGCUCAGAGUCGCACAGAUCGAAUUGUUUUUAAACUCUUCGGAAAAGACCCAAAUGAUCUUCCAUUCAUUCUGCGAUCACAGAUCCUCGACUGGUUAUCCCACAGCCCUACAGACAUUGAAAGCUACAUAAGGCCGGGCUGUAUCAUCUUGACAAUUUACCUUCGUCUAGAAAAAUCCAUGUGGGAGGAGCUCUGUUGUCAUCUGGGUUCCAGUUUGAAAACACUUCUAGAUGCUGCCAAUGAUCCAUUUUGGAGAACAGGAUGGGUGUAUACUAGGGUACAACACUUUGUAGCAUUUACGUACAAUGGUCAAGUUGUCUUAGACACACCCUUACCUCUUAAAAGCGAUAAGAGUUGCAGGAUAUCAUACAUCAAACCAAUUGCAGUCUCUGUAUCUGAGAGGGCUCAGUUUGUAGUAAAAGGCUUUAACCUUUCUCAUUCUGCCACAAGGUUACUCUGUGCUCUAGAAGGGAAGUAUCUGGUGCAAGAAACUUGUUAUGACGUGAUGGAUGGUGUACAUACAACUGUUGAGCAUGAUGAGCUGCAGUGCCUCAAAUUCUCCUGCUCUAUACCAGAUGUUACUGGGCGAGGAUUCAUUGAGGUCGAAGAUCAUGGUCUCAGCAGCAGCUUCUUUCCCUUUAUAGUUGCAGAGCAGGAAGUAUGUUCAGAAAUUUGUAUGCUGGAGGGUGAGAUUGAGGUGGCUGAAAGUGCUGAUGCUGAAAAAUUGGAAGCCAAGAAUCAAGCCUUGGACUUUAUACAUGAAUUGGGUUGGCUCCUCCAUAGGAGUCGAGCUAAUUUUAGACUUGGUCACUCGGAUCUGAACCUGGAUCUAUUUCCUUUCAGCAGGUUCAGGUUGCUUAUGGAGUUUUCGAUUGAGCAUGAUUGGUGUGUUGUAGUGAAGAAACUCUUGGGCAUUCUGUUUGAGGGUACUGUUGAUGCUGGAGAACAUACUUCCAUUGAGUUUGCGUUAUUGGAUAUGAGCCUCCUCCACAGAGCUGUGCGAAGAAAUUGCAGAUCUAUGGUAGAGUUCUUGUUAAAAUUUAUCCCAAAUCAAGGUUUAACAGGAUCGGAGCAGAAGCAACAAGUUGACAGGGAUGGCAACAGUUUCUUGUUUAAACCUGAUGCAGUUGGGCCCAUGGGGUUGACUCCUCUUCAUGUUGCUGCGAGUGCUGAUGGCUAUGAGCACGUAUUGGAUGCCUUAACUGAUGAUCCUGGAAAGUUGGGAAUUGAAGCAUGGAAAAAUGCUCGAGACAGUACAGGAUUGACACCAUAUGAUUAUGCAUGCCUCCAAAGCCGCUACUCCUAUGUCCAUCUUGUCCAGAGGAAAAUCAGCAAGACAUUAGAAAGUGGGCAAGUGGUGCUUGAUAUCCCUGGUGUCAUCUUAGACAGAAACGGCAAGCAGAAGCAAUCUGAAGCGUAUAAACCAUCAAGAGUAGCCAGCUUGGAAACUGAAAAGAUUGAAAUGAAAGCGAUACUGCAACAUUGUAAGUUAUGUGCACAGAAACCAGCUUAUGGCAACACAAGGUCACUAGUGUACAGGCCGGCAAUGCUGUCAAUGGUGGCCGUUGCUGCUGUCUGCGUUUGUGUAGCCUUGCUCUUUAAAAGCACACCGGAAGUUCUUUUCGUGUUCCAGCCCUUCAGGUGGGAACUGUUGAAGUUUGGCUCAAGCUGA